AUGAAAACCAAACCAAACAUAAAAAUUGCAAGUAUUCAAAUUGGGAAUAUCGCCCUUACAAUGAACAUUUUGAAAAACAGCCGUGUGUUGAAUAGAAAUUGUCUGCGGGACAAGAUAAAAAAUUUAUCGCCCCUGCUGCGAGCCUUGGACUUUGGACCACCGAACAAGGACUCUGUAUUUAGGGCCACAUGGAGCUACUAUGCCAGCGACUGUCAGGAGCGACUGUCGAACAUUCGCAGGCGCAUUGAGCAGAACGCUAGAGUAUUAGCUCCAAGAAAAGCUCCACUUUCUGUGGACUUGGAGAUACCCUGUAAUGAGAACCAGCUGCCUGGCGGUCUGGAUUUGGAUGAGCACAUCUACCAGGAAUUGGUGUCCUGUUUUCGAAACGCAGAAAGCAGUGAUUCAAUAAAGAAAACCACGACUAAGCGUUUGAAACCCCAAAGGUUCCUCAAUAUGGGAAAGUUCUCCACUCCAGAACAAUGGAUUUCUUGGAAGCGUGAGGAACAGCAAGUGGACCAGCUGCUAAAAAAGUCCUUCGAUCCUUACUUAAAAGAAGAAAUGUCCAAGAAGCUACAGCAUUUACAAAAACUCAUUCAACGACGUCCUCUAAUUUUGAUUCCAACUCAGGAAGAAACAAUUGAAAAACAAAAGGAGUCAAUGCCAAAAAAAAGAAAAUCUCGACAGAUAUCUAUCGAUAAUUUAAAAAAAAGUGAUAUGAAAAUAGGAGAUAUAUAUAAAAAGUUUAUUGCCGAUCAUCCGAGUCUAGAAAGUGUCGCUAGCUCAAGACGUUCUACUAAAACGAUAGAAAGUCGCCCCAGACCGAGACGAAUAGAAAAACCCAGAAAUAGUAGCGAUGCAGAUGAUGGAAUAUACGGCACUGAUGAUCAAGGGGAUUCCCUACUAAUGGAAAAAGAUAAAUUAAUAAAUUCGGAGAAUCUUGAAAAAGAUCCAGAGUCAAAAAUAUCAACAACUGUGAUACAAAGAAAAAGUCACGAGCUAAAGAAAAUCCAUAUUCCAGAGGAACUAACAUCCUUAAGUCAGAUUAGCGAUAUACAUUCGAGCAGCGAUACCCAUUCAAAAAAGUCAAUAUUUAAGGAAUCCUUAUUACUCAAGACCCCAACAGAGGAACAUAAAACUGAGGAUUUAAGACAGGGUUUUGUAUCCCAAAAGAAAUCCCAAUCUUUAACUAAUCUACAAGCACUGAAAGCGAAUGAAUACAUCCACGAUAUCUUAAAAGGUCUGACUCAAACUGAUUCAUCGUUUAUCGGCGGCUUAAAAGACAAAUAUAGUGGUUCGGCAGUGUCAAUCUACAAACGCCAAUUUGCUAAUGAUAUUAAAAAUCAGGAGAGCAAGAGAGAGGUCGUUAGUGGAGAUCACCACGGUUGGUACAUAAAUGUAAAACAACAUUUAUCUAUCGUCAACAAAAUGCGUCCCAUUAUAUUUAAAAAGAAACAACAGAACGAAGUGGUUAGUAAACAUUCUGAAAUCGUUCCGUCAGAAAGCCUAGAAAUAACUCCUUUUCGAGAAACUCUAAUUGGUAUACCAAGUGAUAAGACACCGAAUAGUAGCACCUAUUCAAAAAAUUCUGAUGAUGAAAUACGUUUGAGUUUUCCAUCAAAGCCGUUGGUAAUUUCCAAUCUAAUAGCAGACUUUAUAGACUCUUAUGGCUCUGAAAUAAGUUUUCUUGCAUCAUAUCCGGAUUUAUUCAAGCCCAAUGAUCUGGAAAAGUUUCAAAUGAAGACUAUCUUUAACAAGAAGAAAGUAAAGAAGCACAAGAAACCCAAGGUAAAGGAAGUUAUGGAAGUGAAGAAGGUGCCAUCGAAGCGAUUGGUCUGUUCUUUAUGCAAUUUGGUUAGGAGGAGACAAUCCGAAUUGCGACCUUAUAUGCAGAGGAUGCAGAAGAGACGCCAACAAUUGGAACUAAAGAACUAUUACACCCAGAAUUUUCUAAAAUGUCGGCGGAAUCCACAACAGCAUGCCCAGGAACAACAGAAGAAAGUCCGUACCCGCGAGAUCCUUUCUAAAUACUGUAAGGCCCUUGAUAUUUGCCAGGAGAUCGUGGAACUGAGGAUACAAAAACGAUCUGAAGAAUGUCCGCUGGGAUAA